UCACCGGAAGUUAAAAGAGAAUGAAGUGUUGCAAACACGGGAAGUUAAAAAACCGUGUUAAUUUGACAGUUCGGUGCAGAUGUGGAGGAGUGUGUUUCUGAGACCAGAGGUGGUUAAUGGAAUUCACCUCUUGUGGAAAACCAGAAGCUUGUUCACAAUGCAGCUGAAGACCAAGGAGUUCCAGUCCCUCUUUACAGAUGGGCUGAAGGGUAUAGCAGAGCUAUUUGAAAAGCACAGGUUUGAGCUGAGGAUUGCUGGAGGUGCUGUGAGAGAUCUCUUGAAUGGAAAGCAGCCUCAGGAUGUGGACUUUGCCACCACAGCUACCCCUGAGGAGAUGAAAAACAUGUUCCAGGCGGCUGGUAUUCGAAUGAUCAACAACAAAGGAGAGCAACAUGGCACCAUAACAGCAAGGCUUCACGAGCAGAACUUUGAAGUGACGACACUGCGAGUGGACGUUGUGACUGAUGGAAGGCAUGCUGAAGUGGAGUUCACCACAGACUGGGAGAAGGAUGCAGAGCGACGGGAUCUUACCAUCAACUCAAUGUUUCUAGGACUGGAUGGCACUUUGUAUGAUUACUUCAAUGGCUUUGAAGACCUGCAGAAGAGAAAGAUGAGAUUUGUCGGGAGUGCAGUUCAGAGGAUCCAGGAAGAUUAUUUAAGGAUCCUGCGGUAUUUCAGGUUUUACGGAAGGAUAGCAGAAGAGCCAGGUGAUCACGAGCCUGAGACUUUAGAAGCAAUAAAGGAAAACUCCAAGGGGCUGGCUGUGAUCUCCGGAGAGAGAAUCUGGGUGGAACUGAAGAAGACUCUGAUUGGAAACCAUGCAGCUCACCUAGUCUCCCUCAUGUACGACCUGGAUGUUGCUCAGUAUAUCGGGUUACCUGUGAAUGGGAGCCUGGAGGAACUGAAGCGUGUGUGGAAGAACGCACAGCAUCGGAACCCUAAGCCCAUGACCAUCCUGUCUGCUCUGUUCCGAGGGCAGGACGAUGUGAACAAGCUGGAUCUGAGGCUGAAAAUCUCCAGAGAAGAGAAGAACCUUGGCCUGUUCUUGGUGAAGCACAGAAGAGAUCUGUGCAAGGCAGACGAUGAGACGGACAGCUUGAAGCCAUUCAGAGACUAUAUCAUAGACUCGAGGGAGCCAGAUGUCCAAAGCAGAAUCUGUGAAUUGCUGAAGUACCAGGGAGAGGAACAGCUGUUAGCAGAAAUAGAGAAGUGGUCUAUCCCACACUUCCCAGUCAGCGGGCAUGACCUGAGAAAAAUGGGGAUCGCCUCUGGGAAAGAGAUUGGCGCAAUACUGCAGACUCUGAGGGACCUCUGGAAAAACAGUGGAUAUCAAAUGAACAAAGAUGAACUUCUGAAGGAUGUCAAAAAUGUAUAGAAAAAGAGAAUCCAUUUCCACUGUGAAAUAUCUGCCUCAACUAAUGGAAAUAAGAUUCCCAUGGCGUAGCAGUGUGAGCCAGUCUAGAUUUGAUUGUGCUAGGAGAUACACCUCCACUUGUUACAUUGUUACAUGGCGGGUAAUUAAAGGGUCUAUAGCUUGUGAUAAAAUUCCAUGAAACAUACCAGUCGAGCACUUUCAUUCACUCUGUCAAUCUCAUAUGUAGUACUGGAAUGUUUGUAUUUUUUUUAAUUUUAUUUAUUUGAUUACUUUUUUUUAAAUUUUAUUUAUUUAUUUUUAAGUUAAGCAAUGUUCUUUAAUAUUGAAUUACAGUAGAAACUGUCAUGCCCAAUUUCAUUGGAUAUGUAUGAAUACCACAUCUUAGUGGGAGUCGUUUUACCAUUUUGUAGUUCCUUUAAUAACAGCGGGUGUCAGUGUCUCUAAAACAACAAAGUACAGUGCUGCAUGAAUACUGUCCAAAUGCGAACAGUUAAUAUUAUUGCAAAUCAAAGCACUGUAAUACAGUAAUUGACAGCAUUCCAAAAACAGUUCUUACCAUGCUUUCUCAGUCUAUGCCAAAGUAAUCCAACAAAAACGUGCACACAAACUGGUCAGCGAAAAAAUCUUAAUCCCUUGUUUUCUUGGGUUUUUUGCAUGCAAAAAACAUGCAAAAGGUGAAACUGAAUUUCCAAACACGCUGUCUUUUUUCUUUUUUUAUUUGCAACUGCAUCCAAUCUGCCCUGCUGAGGGCUGAAUUUGCUGCUUUAGACAAGUAAUAAAAUGUACAUUGAUCAGUUUCCAUCAGUACCAUUCAGUUGGUAGCAGCAUUGACAGAUGCCAGAGGUAGUUUCACUCUCAUAUUUAAUGACAGGACAUAAUGUGUUGAAGGAGGAGACGAUAUCACUCGUUUAAUGACGUGACAGAAUAUGUUGAAAGAGAGGGGACAGUUUCAUGUUUAAUGACAGCACAGAAUGUGUUGAUGGAGUGGGGACAGUUUCACUUGUGUUUAAUGAUAGCACAUAAUGUGUUGAUGGAGUGGGGACAGUUUCACUUGUGUUUAAUGAUAGGACAGCAUGCGUUGAAGGAGAGGGGACAGUUUCACUCAUGUUUAAUGAUAGGACAGAAUGCGUUGAAGGAGAGGGGGCAGUUUCAUUCUCAUGUUUAAUGACCUGGGAAGUGUAAGGAUAUGCAAAAAUGAUGGACCCAGAUAAAACUUUCUAAGAUAAGAAUACAAGCUAGCUGACAGAGUUUCUGCAUGAACCUAUUUAAGUGCUGGGAUCACCAAAAUAGGUAAAGGACUUGGAAGCCGAUACUGGCCACAGUCUGUAAGUACCUCACAGAAACACAGUAACUAACUUUUUUUCAGCAUCUGAGCAGUUUUUUUUUUUUAUUUUACAUUACUGGGAGUUUAGUAAUACUAGUUUUUGAUUGCUUGUUCUUUUAAUCUAAAAUUUCAUACACAGUUUGAGUAAAAACUCCAACUCUUGAGUGUGUUCUGCCAAACUGCAAAAGACGGUAAUGAGCAGUCACAUGGAGUUCACUCAUUUAGCUCCUAUACUAGUAGUUGGAGUUUGUGGACACAUGAAUAACGUAGGAUUUAAAAGGAGUCGUGACAGAACAUGUGUUUUGCAGUUGGAGCCCUUUUAGGUUCACUGCAGAACCAUGGAGGAUCUUCAAUUAUCUGUAAUACAGUUAGUCAAUCCCAGCUACACAGAGCUUCAUGGAACUGGAUACCGUGGAGGAGGUCAAGAGACAACUGGCUGAUCAAAAGAGAAAAACUGGCAAAGACUAAACACAAAGAGAAUGAAAAAAGGCUGAAUGCAUUCCAUAACCAGCGAAUCAUGACUGCUUCAGCUGCUAUCAGCAGGGACACAAGGCACACAACACAACAAAAAUAAUAAUCAGUAUGGGGAGGGAAACUUGCAUGGACACGCCCCAAAUCCACAGCUUUCAGCAAAACAAAAUAGUUUGUUUAAAGAGGAACAGCCUUUAAAAUUCCAAGGACACCAAUACGUUUAUAUCCAGGAAGUUUGUUGGAUUUUCAAAUCUACCAUUGCAUGUGUUAGAAAGCAAACAAGAAGUUAAAUAAAAACACAGAUCUUGUUCAAUGCACUGAUACCACUUCUGUGUUAAUCCAUAUGUUAAUCCAUGUGUUAAUACAUUGUAAAUUAGAUGAACAACGCGCCAAUGACAUACCCACCCAAGAAGGAUGUAUUUGGACCCAGAAACAGUGGUUGAGGUUGAUCACCAGUUGCUCAGAUGAUUAGACUGGAUGACGGUCUUCCAGAGAAUGUGUACAUAUAGUGAAUGAUUUAUUACUUAGAGAGUACCAGGAGCAAAUGGGUUUAUUUGUUGUGCUACUAGGGACUUAGGAUGUACUUGUCAUGACUGGCUGACCAGAGUUAAUUGGAGAACCAAUGUGAUAUCGUUGUGUACAGUUUAGCAAUAAACUGUUUCCAUUUUUAUUUCUCAGAUGCAUUAACAAUAAGGAGCACAGCUCUAACAGAAGGUUUUCAGUUUGAUGGAACUCUUUUUGAGUUUAGAGAUGUGUUUCUUCCAGAACUCCCUACCGGACAGCCUGCACAAAGGACAUUUGAUCAUGCAGUAGUGCACAAAGGACUGUUGAUCAUGCAGUUGGAACCUGGAGUAACUCCUAUGUCUCAGCCGCUGUAUCCCCUUUCAAUCAACUAAUCAACCAAUCAAAUCAAUCAAAUUCUCAUUUUCAAAGAGGACCUGAAGAGAGGCUCAUAAAAACACAGCAAACAUCACAAAACACAAUAAAUACAUCAAAACAAAACAAACAAAAAAAAAACAGAAAACUCAGCAGAAACGAAGCAGUGGACUACAGCUAAAGCAGCCUGAUAUGAGUCGUGUAUGAGUCAUUCUAAUUUUAACUUUUCUUGAAACUCAUUAAACCAUUGGUUGCUAUAAACUGAAAUGAAUAAUGACCAAAACCUGUUGCCAACUGUUCCAUGAUAGAGGGAUUUAAAGCAAAUCCCCACGAAAUAAAGUUACCAAAAAUAAAUAUCACCUGCUUCGUACUGAUGAAUGUAUUGAUCAUUUGAAGGGGGUGAAGAUAUUUUCUAAACUAGAUUUAAGGUCAGGAUACCAUCAAAUCAGUGUUAAAGACAUUGACAGAACAGCUUUUUGAACACUGCAUGGUCUAUAUGAAUUUUCUGUGCCUCUGUGCCACCAUUUGGAUUGACAAAUACCCAUGCAACAUUCAAGACUUUAAUCACUGAAGUAUUUAGGAUUUACUGGAUACCUAUGUUAUUGUGUACCUGGACAAUAUUUGUGUGCACAGCCAGACUAAGAAGGAAUACAGAGGCAUCCUUAGUAAAAAUCAACCAUAUUGAAAGCUUGUAUUCAGAGUUCAAAGCUUGCAGUUUCAGGGGUUUAUUGUAUUGAAUAAAUAACUGUCCAUGGAUCUCCAAAAACAGGUGCUGAUGAACUGGCUCCUAUAGUCAAAAUUUUCUGAGCUUGGCCAAUUACUAUCGGAAGUGUGUAUUUGUAUUUGCCCAUACUGCAGCCCCUUUGGCACAUUUGUUGAGGGAAGUAGAGGAGCAAAGAAGAAGAUGCAUUUGGUCUGCUUUAAAAUAUGUCAAAUGAAGCCCCAGUCUUAAGAUUACCCAGACCUUGCAUAAAGCAUCAAACACUGCAAAGCUGCAAUGAAUCAAUCAGACCAUGCAUUGCCCUGGUAGUGUAAAAGAAAGCAGUUGGCACAGUUUCAGAUCACCUGAAAUAAAUGCUAUUUUCGUUAUCCAACAGGGUAACAGUGCAAUGGAUGAGAUUAAAAAAUGACAGUGAUGACUACUUUAGGAUAUUUGGAUGCCUCUUCACCUAUAAUUGGGGACAAACUAGACAUGUCUACUACAUGCUGAAACAGCAGACAGAACGAAUCAAUAAAACUUGCGGAGAGCAUUUGUUAAUUAUCAGCAAUGGUACAGUUGUAUACCAAGUGCUGAAAUAGCAACAGUUCUGUUCAAGCACCAGCUGGGUACACACCUCGUUACUGCUACCUGUUCAUUUCUGUUACUUAUGAUUUCAUAUUUUUAAACUUUUGAAAUAUGUGCAUCACACCAAUAACAUGUAUUUUGUUAAAAAAACGAUGGCUUUUUUUUUUUUUUAAAUGUAACUUGUAAUGCCACAUUUCGUUACCUGAUUGAAAACUGAUUCAUUACAAGUUACUGAAAAUGUAAUCAGAUUGUACUACUUGGUAACCCCCCAACACUGAAAUGGAAUGCCAAUUGUUUUUGGUUUCAAACAAAAAUUGGAACCUAAGAGUUAUGCAAGAAAUUGCACUUUUUAACCGUCUGAGUAAAUCUAUAUCACAAAUAAAUAAAUACAACCU